AUGGAUGAUAUUCAUAAAGCUGCAUUAGAUAAUAAUUUACAUUUUUUUGAAGACCAUCAUUUACCUAAAAAGAUAGUAAAUCUUGCAGGGGGAAUAUAUCUGUCAAAUCCUAUACAAUUUGCAUUGUAUAAUGAGAAUUAUAAGAUUAUAUUAUUUUUAUUAUUAAAUGAUGCAAAUACAAAUCAUUUAAAUCUUAAAAAAUAUGAUAUAUUUUCAAUAAUUUAUAAAUAUGAUUAUGUACUAGCAUAUAUUCUUUUCGAAUCACAUUCCGUUAAAAGUGUAAAGAAGAAGAAAGGAAAGAGAGUUUUACUAUUGUUUUAUAGAAAACAGUUAUAUAACGAUAUUUUGUGCAAUAAGCAUAUUUUAAUUAUUUAUACUUCUUUAUUUUAUAGAGAAAAUAUAAGAUCACCUUAUUUUUUAUAUCUUAAUAUAAUUUACUCACUAGAAUUGUAUUGUUCUAAUCUUUUUUAUAUUUAUGUGUUAUAUUGGAUUACUUUUCUAUAUUUAAUGUUUUAUAAAAAUGACCGAGUAAUACGACAAAAUUGUAGAGAACUAAUAGUAGAUCUUAUUUUAUCAGAUAAAUACAAUCUAGACACCUUUUGUUAUAUAUGUAAAAAUAUUAAAGAUAAUCAUUGUACAAUAUGUGACAGAUGUAUAAAAUAUCGACAUCACCACUGUAUAUUUUUAAAUAAUUGUGUAAGUGUAAAAAACUUGGUAAUAUUUUAUCUUUACAUUAUUCUGUACCUUAUAAUAUUAACAUAUAAUUUUUUUAAGAGGCAUGAUAUCAUAGAAAAAGGGGAAUGUGGAUUAAUAGCAUUAAUUAUAUUAUUAAAUAUAUAA